UAAAGCAUCUUCACAACCUAUUUAAACCAACUUGCACGAACUGGCAACAAAGUAUCCGUUCUCUCACAGGCUGAGUCAUUGAGCUUCUGCAGAAGUUGGAAGAGGCAAUCUUUAGCGGAAACAUUUAAGAACCAGGGGUUCCCUGAGAGAACCCUUCUUUUGAUCUGGAGUUAUCUGUUACUGACCACAGACAGCUGCUACUGACAAUUCCCGGGACAGGGCCCUGUAGAGUGAGAGGUACUACAGUACUACACCAGCCAUGGAAUUGUGGAUUUGGAGGGCCAACUGUAAAGUUAUAUGAAGAUUUUCAACUGCUCAGAGGCCUCCUGGGAUGGACGUCAGCCGCCUCCUCCUGGCUACCUUGCUGGCCUGCCUGUGCUUCCUCACUGCCUACAGCCACCUGGCACCUGAGGAAAAGCCCAGAGAUGAAAGGAACCUGAAGAACAACUCUUCCAUGAACCUGUUGGAUUUCCCUUCUGUCUCUAUUGUGGCACUGAACAAGAAAUCCAAAAAGAUCAGCAGAAAUGAAGCGGAAAAGAAGAAAAGACCUUCCAAGAGAAAAGCUCCGAUGAAGAACGUGGCACGGCCCCGGCCCCCGCCGCCUACCCCCUGCGUGGCCACCCGCGACAGCUGCAAGCCUCCAGCGCCCGCCUGCUGCGACCCGUGCGCCUUCUGCCAGUGCCGCUUCUUCCGCAGCGUCUGCUCCUGCCGCGUGCUCAACCCCACCUGCUGAGCGCGCCUCAGGGCGGGCUUCCAAAGGCGGGGCUCCAGGGACCCUGGGGCCUUUCUGGGGCGGGAGAGCUCUGGUAGGAGGGGCUUCAGAGAACGGAGUGGGCGUGGAUAUUGACGUUGGGGCGGGGCUCUAAGGAGGCGGGGCUUCAGGAAGUCUAGGCUAGGGCUGGGCUAAAAUCCAAAUACAUGUAGUCUUCUCGAAA